ACCUGUAAUUUUAACCCUGAGGGAGACUGAGGCAGGAAGAUGGCAAGUUUGAGUUCUACCAAAGCAACUCAGGGAGACUUUUGAAACGUGGGAUUAAUAGUAGAGGACCCCUAAUUUCCACCUCUAGUACCAUGGGGUGGGGAUGGGGUAAUCUCACACCUGCUACUAGGGCUAAUAGGCUAAAUAGAAUUUAUUUCAGUGCUGGGGAUCAAAGGGCAUUGAGGGGGACCAUUCAUUCACUCCUUACCUGGGUUAUUUCUUGGCAGAACUCAAAAUGAGACUAUUUCAAGGAGGGGUAGGAAACUGGGCUGGGACCAAGAGAAGCAGCUCACCAGCACCGCCAGCUGCAAACCUGAGUAAAAGAUGGCCUGGCCUCUGCCCCAUUCCCGUUCCCCACCUGUCUCUACCCUUUUCUCCCCUUUCCCUGGCUCUGGCACACUCCGUCUCUCCCUGGGCGCCAGCCUCCCAGCCACCCCUGGAGGCGGGGCUUGGCUAUACCCACGUGUGGUAGAGUUAAAUGCUCCAGGCCGGCACCAGCAGCUCGGGAGUGAAGCGGCACCAUGGCUGCCAAGAAAGUCUGCAUUGUAGGCUCUGGCAACUGGGGCUCAGCCAUUGCCAAGAUCGUGGGUGGCAAUGCAGUCCAGAUGGCACAUUUUGACCCACGGGUAACCAUGUGGGUGUUUGAGGAAGAUGUUGGGGGCAGAAAGCUGACAGAGAUCAUCAACACGCAGCAUGAGAAUGUCAAAUACCUGCCAGGGCACAAGCUGCCCCCAAAUGUGGUGGCUGUCCCAGAUGUGGUCCAGGCUGCAGCAGAAGCUGACAUCCUGAUCUUUGUGGUGCCCCAUCAGUUCAUUGGCAAGAUCUGUGACCAGCUGAAGGGUCGCCUAAAGGCCAGUGCCAUCGGCAUGUCUCUCAUUAAGGGGGUAGACGAGGGCCCCAGUGGGCUGAAGCUCAUCUCUGAAGUGAUUGGGGAGUGCCUUGGUAUCCCUAUGAGCGUGCUGAUGGGGGCCAACAUUGCCAGCGAGGUGGCUGAUGAGAAGUUCUGUGAGACCACUAUUGGCUGCAAGGACCUGGCCCAGGGACAGCUUCUGAAAGAUCUGAUGCAGACUUCCAAUUUCCGGGUCACAGUGGUACAAGAGGUGGACACAGUAGAGCUCUGUGGGGCCUUAAAGAAUGUAGUGGCUGUGGGGGCUGGCUUCUGUGAUGGCCUGGGCUUUGGUGACAACACCAAGGCGGCAGUGAUACGGCUGGGGCUCAUGGAGAUGAUCGCCUUCGCCAAGCUCUUCUGCCAUGGCCCUGUGUCCUCUGCCACCUUCUUGGAGAGCUGCGGUGUUGCUGAUCUCAUCACUACCUGCUACGGAGGGAGGAAUCGCAAGGUGGCCGAGGCCUUCGCCCGCACUGGAAAGUCUAUUGAGCAGCUGGAGAAAGAGAUGCUGAAUGGGCAGAAGCUGCAGGGGCCCCAGACAGCCCGGGAGCUACACAGCAUCCUCCAGCACAAGGGCCUGGUACACAAGUUCCCGCUGUUCACGGCUGUGUACAAGGUGUGCUACGAGGGCCAGCCAGUGGGUGAAUUCAUCCGGUGUCUGCAGAAUCACCCAGAACACAUGUGAGUGGGGCCAGGGCCCAGGACAGGCAGCUCCUUCACCCCAGCGGACACAAGCAGAAGCUUGCAUCAGGUCGGUCACCGGGAUCUUCAGGACUCCUCAAGCAGCCAUCUCAGCUUUUCACUGGAGGACGGGAGGUUGUGGCUCAGCUCCACACCUGGAGGUCUGGACUGCUGGGAGGCCUGCAGCCUCUUGCUGGAAAUGGAGCUGCCCUAUCUCUCUCCAGAUUCGGAGCUUUCUCCCUGUCCUAGGGAGGAGCAGAAUCAAGCCCCAGUGCUGCCUGCUCUCAGGGUGUGUGUGGGGGGGGAGUGGGAGGAGGGGACACCAGGGCAAGGGCUGCCAGUUGCUGGCUUGCACAACCAGGAAGCCCAAUGAAGUACCUUAGCCACAGGAGGGACUAGGCCAGGGCUGCCAGGGAGGGAUCUGAGUAUUUUCGCUGACACAGCCCCAGAACCCCCUUACUGUGGGGGGGCCAGGCCCCACACAGCAUGGAUGGAUCUCAGCAUUUGUUAGCAGAAUAUAGAGAUCUCAAGCAAUCCCUCCUAGCUUCUCCUAGCAACAUUUGCGUCUUCAGAAACCUCUGGUUGUCCCUCUUCUCUCAGGGUGCCCUGGCAGAAGAGUAGCUCCCUGCUGGCAUCUCUGCCCCUGGGGCUUGCUAUUCUCCCCAGGGACUUUCUGGAUCCUAGAUCUCUGCCAGCUCCUCCACACCAUGCGUGACCUUUCCAAGUCUUCCCUUGCCCUGCCUGCCAGCACCCUCUUUGGAGAGUAGAAACUUAAUCUGCUGACAGCUACACCUUUUCAUAGCAAGUUCAGCUCGCUCGGUCCCUGUGACCUUUGUAUUUGCCCAGCCUCCCUAUUUGGAGGUCUAACUGGAGGAAGUGUACAUAGCUGUUGGGCCCCUCCUGCUGUUUAUUUCCCCAGAGGCCACCUGGCCCUACUGCCUCCUCCCCAGCCCUGUACCUCUUUCUCCUGAGCAGCCAGGACAGCUAACCAGCACCUGGCAUCGAGACCUGGGGCCAGAGAAUGGUUCCCACGUUGGUGGGUGCUCAUAUUCCAAAGCAAGCUCCUCCUCCCUGAAUGAGGGUCUCCUAAUGAGGUACUGACCAUCACAACAGCAGAAGCUGGGAAACUUAAGGAGGAGGAAGAAAUAACCACCCUGCCCUCAGGGGUGAGGGACAGACAGGAGGGGGAGAGGAGUGUGCUUUACACUGGCCUUGCUCCAGGACUGGGUGGCAGCAGGGGAAUGUCCCAGGUCAGCAGCCCAGGCCCCUAGCUAUAAAUAGUCCGAGAGCUGAGAGGUUCCUGUGUCCAGCAGGGGUCUGUGCUUCCUCUUCCCGUUUGGCAGCACCUGGCACACUGGUGCUGGGCAGCUACAUGUUAACCUCUCUGACUCCCCAGAAACCAUGAUGUUCCUCUUAACUACCAUUCAGAAUUUGGUCUGACUAUGAAGGGCCGAGCUGCCCUGAUCAGGCUGCACGAUGACGGGCACAGCCACGCCAGGCCUGGCUGGGUCGGGUCCAGGCACUGAUAGAAUCUAGAGCUGCCCUUUCUGGAGGUUAAGAUGGGCCAGAGACCUUCCAACACCUCUGCCUGCUUUUGUUCAAUCCACAAUGAACUGAAUCAGAGGUCUGCCAUCGGGUCACCUGUCCACCCAAUAAAGCGAGGUUUUUUUUUUCAGAAA